UGAAAGCUUUUCCACUCCUCAUCCGUCCCAUCUUACUGGGCAACAUUCAAACCUCUUACCAUCAUUCAACAGCCUGCAGACUUUCUGGAAAUUUCGUUUGGAUUUCUGUAAAUUAGACGCUUUAGAGCUUCAGUCUAAAAACAAUUCAAUUAUUUAGUAUACAACGAAGUAAAAGAGUAAUAUUUUCAUCAUGUGGGGAUCAUGGCGAAGUUUUUUCAUCCUCGUCCUCUGUAUCGAAUUUGCGUUUCUGUACUUUUUGUUUUAUAUUGACAUUGAUACUUGGAGAAAGACUUCAUCAAAGAUUCUGAGAUUCUCAGAACUAUUAUGUGACAAUAACCCUCAGACCUCAGAUUUCCUCAGACCAAAUAUAGGACCGUUUUAUGACAGUCCUUCCUCAUGUACCUGCCGAGACAACCAGUCGGCCGGACAGUUUGUGUCCAAAGAUGAAUUAGAAGAUCUCCAGAGACGUCGAGCAGAAGAGUACAGACAACAUCAGAUCAGGACAGGUAGAGAGAAUGAUGUUCUUGUUCUUGCCCCUCCCAACACUCCGCUCCAGUAUCCCAUCAGAGGAUUCAGAGUUGCUCCCAUGAAUAAAACUUUAAUUCCUGGUCUAGCUGUGCAAACACAAAACAGAGAUUUUUACAAGGUGUCACUGAGGGUACAGAAGGGUCUGCUGUCAGUAAUGGAUAUUAAGGAUGAUAAGAAGAUUGUUUUUGGCCAGAAUGAGGGAAAUCUGACCAUCUCGUCCAGCAGCCUUGAACAUCUCAAUGAGCUGCUGAGCAGAGUGACCUACACCAGCACCAUCUUCCACAUCAAAACUGAAGAUCUUGCUUACUUUUCUUUUGAGAACCAUGAGGUCAUAUUUCCCAUUGAGAUCAGACGUCAGUCAGUUCCUAAUCUUUACGACCCGGGAAAAGAUAUCAACUCCCAGGUGACUGUACUUGUUAAGGCAUUUCUGAGAUAUAAGGAACUGAAUGCUCUUAUUCAAAGUAUUCGUGUGAACUACCCAAAGAUAAAGAUCAUUGUAGCAGAUGACAGUCUUAUCCCAGAGAAGGUUGUUGGUGACAAUAUUGAACACUACAUAAUGCCCCCGGCACAGGGCUGGUUUGCCGGCAGAAAUCUGGCAUUGUCACAAGUCACGACUAAAUACUUCUUAUGGGUGGACGAUGACUUUGUGUUCCUGAAUGAGACGCGUAUAGAGAGAUUUGUGGAGAUUAUGGAAGCCGUUCCUGAAUUAGAUGUGGUCGGUGGUGAGGUAGAAAGAAAUCAGUUUGCCUUUAAAUUGAAUUAUAAAGAAGGGAACAGCGAAGAAGGCGGUUGCAUCUCACGUGUCAUAGGUUUUUACGCACCCCUGCCGGGAUUUAAAGGGUGCUUCUUCGUCGAUGGAGUUGUGAACUACUUUAUGGGCCGAACGGAUGCCGUGCGUAAGGUCGGUUUUGACCCGUUACUCAAAAAGGUCGGACACAGUGAAUUCUUCAUUGAUGGACUUGGAGAGUUGUUAGUUGUCACCUGUCAAGGUCUCAGAAUUGGUCAUCAGAAAAAAACAAACACACCCGAAUACAGAAAAUACAGAUAUCCUCCAAAAGCUGAUUCAGAAAAUAAACUGACUCACCAUUAUUUCAAGAAUCAUCUAAAAUGCAUCAAAUACUAAAAGGAGAUUUACAGUGUCAUCUGAGCUUUACACAGUUAAAGGCAUUAAACAAUAUUAACUUUACAAUAUCAACAAAUCAAUAAUAAUAAUGUUUUACAGUAUGUUGUUAAACAUGAAAGACAUUAAGUGUUGAUAUCCAUGCCAAGAUAAUAAAGGUACGUUUGUAAGAUGUCUGCAAAAGAUCUGAAAUAUAUCUGGUGUGUAAAAACAUCUGAUAAAGGUCUCAGAAAGAAUAAGGAAACAAUAAAAAACACCUUGCAGAAGUAAACACAGAUAUUAAAUAGAUGUUUCCGAGAUGUAUGUUUGCUGGUUUGGUGUUUAACUUUUAUUAACAAACCUCAUGAGCUUAUGAAAAUAUUUUAUUUAAUAUCCUACAUCUGAAGUCAUAAUAAUUGCCAGUAGGUAUUACAUGCUUUGUUUUAGGAGAUAACAGUAAACAUGAAAGAUUAUUCCAGCACAUUUUAUACUAUAAUACUGUUUUACAUGUUAUUCGUUUUUUUUUAUAUAAUUGAAUGUAAUGCGUCCACUGAAAUGGACAUCACAUGUUUUGUGGUUCAAACCAAUAAAAUGCUGAUGAGCCAAUCAAAAUAAAGCACGGUGAUUAAACAAUGGAAAAAUCUGGUCCAAGGGUUAAUAUUUAAAAAGCUGCAAACACAUACAAUAUGCACGCCUUUGCCUGACCUCUGAUAUUUCUGAUAUUAAUACUGACCUUUGCUUGGCU